AUGACUCCCACGCCCCCUCCAGAUCGCCGACUCAUUGUCAUCUCCGGUCCUUCAGGCACCGGCAAAGGGACUCUCUGUCAAAAGCUCUUCGACGCACACCCCGAUACAUUCGCAUUAACCGUAUCGCACACGACACGCAAGCCGCGGGCCGGUGAAGUUGAGGGCGUGACCUACUUCUUCGUCUCCCCUUCUACCUUUACCUCCUUAGUUUCCCAGGACGGUUUCGUGGAGCAUACGUUUUUCGGUGGCAACUACUACGGCACUAGCAAAAAGACCAUUGCAGACCAGAUCGCAAAGGGAUUAGUAGUCGUACUAGAGGUCGAGAUGGAGGGCAUCCAGCAGAUGAGGGCGAGCUCUAGCAUUCAUGCGCGCUACAUCUUUGUUAAGCCACCGAGCUUCGAGACGCUUGAGGCGCGCCUUAGGAGCCGCGGCACCGAGAACGAGGAAGACAUUCAGAAGAGGCUGGCUAGGGCUGAAGUCGAGCUAGAGUAUGCUGAUACGGCAGGCGUUCAUGACAAGAUCAUUAUUAAUGACGAUCUCAAGAAGGCGUACGAAGAACUUCAUGAGUUUAUAUAUAGGCCACAGAACGGUAUAUAG